AUGUUUAUACAAGUUAAAAAUCCUGCAACAGGCCAAAUGACAUGGAAAGUCGCAGAUGAAAAUUAUGAUUUGGCUCAGGAAAUUGCACGAAGUAGAUAUGCUGAUAUGUUGCAUGAUCAUGAACGCAAUAAAAUGUAUGAAAUUGCUUUACAUAAUGUUAUCAGUGAGCUGCAAGAACAAGGAAAAAAUGUCCAUGUUGUGGAUAUUGGAACGGGUACAGGUUUGCUUUCAAUGAUGGCUGUACGAGCGGGAGCGAAUCAAGUGACUGCGAUCGAAAUGUUCAAACCAAUGGCAGAUUGUGCUCGAAAAAUUUUCGAGCGCAAUUCAGUGGCCGACAAAAUUCAUUUGAUUUCAUCUAGAUCUACUGAUCUUGGUACUUAUGAAAUCGACAAAAAGGGUAAUGUUCUCGUGGCUGAAGUAUUUGAUACUGAAUUAAUUGGCGAAGGCGCCCUUAGAACAUUCGAAAGAGCCCAUAAAACGCUUCUUGAAAAGAAUAGUCGAGUUAUUCCUACGUCAGCACGCAUUUGGGCUGUGCCAGUUAAUAGUGAGUUUCUUAAGAAGUUUAACCAAUUGCCUGGAUCUAGUUUUAAAUCACCUUAUGUGGACUGCCCAGGUCUUGCUGCAGUUUUCGAUAUUCAAUUGUCGCAGGUUCCUGCGGAUGAAAUAAAAUUUAUUUGCAGCCCAUUUGUGGCAAUGAAAUUCGAUUUCGAAAGACCUGAGUCAUAUUCAUUCGAAGAAGUAUUUACUCAUGAAAUUAAUGUUGAUAUUUCUGAAGAUUUAGAAAUACAUGCAAUUUUAACAUGGUGGGAUCUCGAUAUGGACGGCACAGGUCAGCAUAUUUUGACAAUGGCACCCAAGUGGUUUAAUCCUCUUGCGAAGUGGAGAGAUCAUUGGAUGCAAGGGAUAUAUUAUUUGCCUCAGUCGAUUAUUGUAUCAAAUGGUCAGAAAAUCGAAAUAUCUUGUUGUCAUGAUGAGUUUUCACUUUGGUUUCGAAUUGGGAAUGGAACUACAAGAGAUGGACCACAUUUCUGUUCAUGCAAAUUUCAUUCUAUUUGUUCAAGAAAUACUGUAUAUCGUCUAAAUGAAUUGGAAUCAGACUAUAUUUUCUCAGAAUUUUUGAGACAAAAUUAUUCUCAUAAAUCAGUCUUGUGUAUUAAUGAUGGAUCACUUAUUGGCCUUAUGUGCGCGAAAUUUGCUGAAAAAGUCCAAGUUUUUGAUACGAAUUCUAUUUUUCGCUCAGCAAUUUCCCAUUACUGUGUAUGUAACGGUAUAAAUAAUGUUAAAGUUGUGCAUGAGGCCAAUGUCGACAUUACUGAGGCGAGUAUUCAUGUUGAUUCGAUUUUGUCGGAGCCUUAUUUUAUAUCUUCUAUAUUACCUUGGGAUAAUCUGCGGAUAUGGUUUAUUGUGCAGACUUUAUUACGGCAUAGUUGCAAAGAAAUCGGAAUUUUGAAUGCAAUGCCCGUGGAAUUCGAAAAUUUGUGGAAAACUGUCGCUGCUGUUGGUAAAGUCGAAGGCUUCGAUCUUACGCCUUUCGAUAAUAUUUGCCAAAAAGCGCGUUGUGCCACCGAUCCUAUUGUUGAGCCCCAACCUCUCUGGGAAUAUCCAUCAGUUUGUACGGGCGAUGCUGUUUCAAUUGCCAAAUUUGAUAUUACUUCCCCAGUUCCGCUGAACGAUGUAACUUAUUCAGCUUUGCUUCGCCUUUCAAGAAAGGGCACAAAUGCGGUAGUUUUUUGGAUGGACUGGAAAUCAGAAUCGUAUAGUAUGAAUGGUAUUUAUAAAACAUGUGUAACGGACCAAAAGCCAUCUUGGCCAGCUAGUCAGAAACAAGGCGUUUAUUUCAUACCAGAUGAAAAAAGAAAUUCUCAAGAUUUUGAUAAAAUAUUGAUUGAAAUCACUUUUUCUCCUUACGACGGAAAUAUUUCUUUUGAUUUUAUAUUUUAA